UGUCUAUAUCCAGCUUCCGCCGGAACCAUCGUUUUCUGUAACCUCCGGACGCCGACAUGAUCGGUUGACGACGCUUUCUACAUCUCAUCUCCAUUGGACCAUCGUUUUUAAUCCCAGCAACGCACCGUCACGGGAACCCCUCUCCAAGCACAGCACGCUACAUCACCGCAGCAAUCCCAUUCAAACAACGCUUGCACGAUACGUAACAGCCACAACACAACAUGCUUCGCCGUCCCGCCACCACCAUCACGCUCACCUCCACGGACCUGGACGCCUACGAAGCCAACCGCCAGCGCAAGGUCUGGGAGAAGCAGCAGCAGCAAGCUCAGGCUGCCCACGCUUCCAACGGUGCCGACACGCGCUCAGAGCGGAGUCAGCAGGGAUCAGUCCGGCCGCAGCAGCGGAGCCAGAAGGAUCGGAUCAUGGGUGGACAGACACGCCACGGUCACUAAACUAACGCGAUGAUUCGAAAAGCACGCAUCAGUUCAAACACUAAGUCAAUGGAACUAGACUCUCGGGUUCUGGAAGAGGACGAUGAUUGGCAAUCCACCGACGACGAGCACUGCAUCCAGGGGUGACUAGAUGCUCGUACUAGAUUCGGCGCUGGGAGAUUGAGCUUUGAAUGCGUUCUGCAGCCUGAGAGCAUGAACAGUUUCAACGGUGUGAAUUCUACAAGACCCCGAGGACUAGACAGGCCCUAACAGCCGGUCGAUCGAAUGUGAUCCACGAACUAUGGAGGAUGGUUUCGAUGCGCUAUGGAUUCUUCUAGGAAGCCCUCGAGACCUCAAAUUGCGGCUACCGCGGCUAAAUUCUAUGACAAACUGAUACCACCAUUGCCAUCAUUGCCAUGCAUUCUCCUCACGCCAUGUGAGCAAACCUUUGCCUCAUUUGU